AUGGCAUCCGGACCGAAGCUUGGCAGCGUGCUCGUGAUUGGUGGGUGCGGAUUUCUCGGCCACCAUGUGGUGAAUUUGCUGCUGCAGGACUACGUGCCGUCCAAGUCGGUGACAGCGAUCUCGGUGGUGGACCUGCGCUGUGACCGCAACCGGCGCCCGGACGCGGACGGGGUGCGGUACUUUGAGGCAGACAUUACGAACUCGGAGCGACUGGUGGAGAUCUUUGAGGAGGUGCGACCGGAUGUGGUUGUGCACACGGCCAGCCCAGCACCACAGGCGUCGUCCAAUGUGUCGGACGCGCUGUUCUACAAGGUCAACGUGGAGGGCACGCGCGGGGUGAUUGAUGCAAGCAAGAAGGCGGGCGUGCGGUGCCUGGUGUACACGAGCUCGGCGAGCGUGGUGUCGGACAACAAGUCGGACCUGAUCAAUGCAGACGAGCGCUGGCCGGUGAUCCGGGGCAAAGAUCAGACCGAGUACUACUCAGAGACCAAGGCGGCAGCAGAAGAGCUCGUGCUGGCAGCCAACGACCGGACGACGGCGGGCGGACUGCUGACGUGCGCCAUCCGGCCGUCGGGCAUCAUGGGCGAGGGCGACACGAUGCUGCUCUACCACAUGGUAGGCGUGUACCGCCAGCGGCGCCACAAUGUACAGAUCGGCGACAACAACAACCUGUUUGACUUUACGUACGUGCUCAACAUUGCACACGCGCACCUGCUGGCGGCCCAGGCGCUGCGAGCGACGGUGACGGCGGCGACGGCGCCGUUGGACCACGAGCGUGUCGACGGCGAAGCCUUCUUUCAAUCCCCAACGACAGUCCCAUGUACUUUUGGGAUUUUUGGCCACACUGUGUGGAAGUACGCGGGCAACCAGGACAGCCUCGACAAGGUGUGGGUGCUGUCGCGCGGCACCGGGCUGGUGCUCGGCCUGGCUAGCGAGAUUGUCUUCUCCAUCCUGCGCAAGCCGCCGACCUUCAACCGGCAGCGCAUUGUGUACACGUGCAUGACGCGUUACUACGACAUUAGCAAGGCCAAGCGGCUGCUCGGCUACAAGCCGAUCGUCUCGCUGGAGGAGGGCAUCAAGCGCGGUGUGGCCUGGUUCAUGGCCCAGGACGCGGCCAAGGCAGUGAAGGCCUAG